AUGAGACGACGGCACUCCUUCACCAUCCUCGCCCCCUGCUCCGAAAGGUACUUUUACUUCCUCUGCUCGUCAGAUUCUUCAACUGAUCCUACUGCCCACUUCUUGCUCAUUCAACCAGUUUUUAUGGAUAGCGACAUGGACGCCGCCGACUGUUUCUCCGCGAUUUGGGAAGAGAUUGAUCGUUCAGAGAGGCGAGUGUAUGAGGAGGCUGCAUCAAUGUCUUCAGCUGUUUUGAAACGGAUACUUGACAAUGGCUAUGGAAGCAGAGUAUUUGAUCAUGAUGAUGAGUUGUCCGAAGUUAUGGAAUCUGCGGGUAUGGUGUUGAUGCAGUCCCUGAACAAACUUGGAAGGGCAUCAAGUAUUCUAAGUGAGCUCAAGGACCUGUUCGUUUAUCCUGCAGCAGUCCCUGCUGAAGCUCUUCUAACUGGACAAUUGGUGCCUGAGCAAAGAUCUCAGGAUUUUGCAUCUUACACUGGAAGGAGGAAUACAUUGGAUGCUGAAACCUUUUUGGCCAUUGUUGAGGUCUAUACUGUUACUUUACUUGGCAAGCAUUUGAAAGAGUUGAACAUUGCAAUUUCUUGGCUUGAGAAAGCUGCCUUACCUGAGGAAAAGCGACAGGUGCUCUUGAGUCUUGAGAAGAUUGCACACAAUGUAUUCCGAGAAAACCUCCAACGGGAUCCAGGAUUCUUCAGUUUUGCCAGAAAAUAA